CCCGACAACUUUUCCACCCCGGCAUCCUGCAGAUCGUGCGAACCCGCCAGACGUAAUAUACUACAUACCAAUCUACGAUCUUUAAGUCCAGAACCUUCUUUUCUGCUCGACCAAGUCUCCCAGCAAAUCCAUAUCUGCGCAAGAAAGUCCACCUCUUCUGCGCCCCUCCACAGGCUUCUCCAAGAUAUCCGACCCAGCGUCUCUCGCGCAUACUUGGAUUACGCAGCUGUUUACUGCCGCUCGCUCGAGACCAUCAUACAAUGGGGAUCCAUAACCCGCUGCCGUCGUCUAUGGCGUCGGAGUGCAGGAAAUGCGGAAAGAUCCUGACCUCCUUCGUUGACCCUCGACAAGCCUUCGGGCCCGACAAGAUCAUUCCUCCCUCGGUGCUGGCAAAUGCAAAGGGCCUCGCAAUCCUCACAGUCAUCAAAGCUGGAUUCCUCGGAUCCGCAAGAUAUGGCAAUGGUAUCGUCGUCGCCCGACUCGCAGAUGGUACUUGGAGCGCUCCUUCGGCCAUAGGAACGGCUGGCGCCGGCUUCGGAGGGCAAAUCGGUUUCGAGCUCACUGACUUUGUAUUCAUUCUCAACGAUAUGCAAGCUGUGCGAACAAUGUCUCAGCAAGGAACUCUUACACUUGGAGGCAACGUAUCAAUUGCAGCAGGGCCUGUGGGACGAAAUGCUGAGGCGGCAGGCGCAGCGAGUAUGAGGGGUGUGGCGGGUAUCUUCAGUUACUCGAAGACGAAGGGCUUGUUCGCCGGUGUGUCGUUGGAAGGUUCAGCGAUUAUCGAGAGGAGAGAUGCAAAUGAGAGGCUUUACGGGCAGCGAUUUACGGCGCAACAGCUUCUGGAGGGUGCGGUACGGCCACCGCCUGCCGCGGCACCCUUGAUGAAUGUGUUGAAUUCCCGUAUCUUUUCCGGAGUUGGUGGAUGGAACGAUUCCAUAUACAACGAUAUCCCAGUGUAUGAUGACGAACAUGAUGAUGUGGUAUGGGAGGGGCGAAGAGGACCCGCAUAUGGCGAGGGAGUGAGGAGAGAUCGUACUGGAAGCGUCGCUGAUCGCGAUUCCGACUAUAUGUACAGCGACAGGCCUAGACGCGCGAAUACCUGGGCCGACGACACCUAUGACCGACCAUAUGAUCGCUCCUAUGACCGUACACCGUCUCAGGUCAGCUCCUUUGGUACAGGCCGACGGCGAGCAGGAAGCGGUUUUGAUGACGAUUACACCUAUUCUGAUAACCCUCCUUCAGGAAGAGUUGGUCCGGGUAGGCCAGCAGCACCGAAGCCUCUGUUCCAAAACAAGACGGGUGGUUUGAAGAGUAAUGAGGCGGUGGCCUUGUUCACGUUCGAUGCUGAUCAACCUGGUGAUUUGGGAUUCAAGAAGGGCGAGAUCAUCACAGUCACGAAGAAGACAGAUAGCACGAAUGAUUGGUGGACGGGCAUAAUCGGCACCCGAGUAGGAAUAUUCCCCGCCAACUACGUGCAAAUGAAAUAGAUGAAGCCUUUCCCCGGACUCGGAUUCAUCAUUUGGGGACAGAAUAACAAUUUGCGGAUACCCGGCUUCUUUUUUCUUUGGGUAACUAACUUCAUAUUUCUUACGACUUUCAUGCAUGGGUUUUGAGUGUGGUCUGCGAUUUGCAUAGCGAUGAGCACGGUAUACCCAGACACACUCGUUUUCCUCACAAAAACGGAGAUGGAUGGAUGGAUGGGGUUGGUUAGCAUAUAGGGGUCGCGACGUAACGAGGAGUUCGGUUUAAAGUUAAACAAACUAUUUGAUAGCCUUCUUCGUCUUUAUGAAUGGAAAG